GCCUUCUUGGUCACCAGACAAAAUGAGAAGCCAAAACAACACGUUCUACCAACUCUCAACCGUAUCAAGUUUGGCAGAAAGCCCAUUACAAAUGGCCGUCAUAUCUGAGCUCCAGGGAGAAACUCAACGCUGGGACUCACAGACAUGCGUAUAUGCAACUCCUAGUCACGAAACCUACACUCCCAACAACAGCUUCCAGCAGCCCAUACCAGAACAGAAUAUACCCAACAGCACUGCCUUCCCGAGUGCCACUUGUACAACUCCCAGAUUUCAAUACACCCCUACAGCAAACUCUCCAUCAACACAAGCACACAUCCCCUACUACCAGUACGUACACCCCACACCACCACCCUCACCACAUGCUAACCAUCUCCCAGACUCUCCUCCGCCUACCCAGUCGCUACCCACCACCCACCCCCCUCCCUCACUUCCACUCCCCCAACCUCACCGUACCAACAACCCACUCUCGCCUCCACCUCCUCCACCGACAACACAAUACCCUGCCCCUACCACUGCGGCACAAUCCUAACCGGUGCCCAUGCCCUGGGUAAUCUGACCCGCCAUUUGAAAACGCAAGCGUGUACGGGGCCGGGGAGGGGAAAGGGGAGGUACAAGUGUGCGAAUGAGGGGUGUGAGAGGGUUUAUGCGCGAUCGGACGGGUUGAGGGUGCAUGUUAGGAGGGUACAUGGGGGGUGCUGAAAGGGAUGGGAAAGGGGAUGAAGGAGAGGGAGAGGGGGGAAGGAGAGAAAGGAGAGUGAAUCUGGCGGAGAGUUUGGGGAAGGAAGCGAGGGAGGUUUUUUUUGGUAGGGUUGGGGGAACUGGUUGU